AUGUACCACGAGCUGUAUGAGCGCUCGAGGUCCCUGGCAGGCUGCCUGCAGACCAUACAUGGAACGGGCCCGGGCACGGUGGUUGGUGUCUUCAUGGAGAAAACCAAAUGGUUCCCUGUUGCCGUAUUGGGGAUUAUGAUGUCGGGCGCCGCAUUCGUCCUUCUGGACAUUCUAUUUCCAUCCGAGCGACUGCAGUAUAUGAUGCAAGUCAGCGGCGCAAAAAUCGUGAUAUGUUCCCCUUCCACGGAGGCCAGAUGCUCCAAAAUCACCGACCAGCAUGUGGUGCUCGAGGAGGGAGGCUGCACGACAGGAGAUAAAUACGAUAACUACAAUCGACCUCUGGUUUCAGGCCACGACACUAUGUAUGUGCAAUUCACAUCGGGAUCAACUGGUACGCCGAAGGGCUUGGCUAUUGAACAUGGCAUGGCCCACUCGACGCUCAGCGCUCACAAGGAGCUCUCGUCAAUGGGGCCCGCCACCCGGAGCUUGUGGUUUUCAUCUCCUGCCUGGGAUGCCACUAUUUGGGAAGUGGCUUUCAUUUUGGCCGCAGGAGGUUGUAUAUGUAUUCCCUCGGAUGAGCAGCGCUUGAACGAUCUGGAAGGAGCCAUUGCAGCCAUGGAAGUGAACUGGGCGACCUUGACUCCAUCGGUGGCACGAACACUGUCACCGCCGGCAAUUCCAACUCUUCGCACUCUCAUUCUCGCAGGGGAGGCAACGUCUCCAUCCGAUCUGCAAAAAUGGUUCCCACGAGUUGAACUCCACUUUGCAUAUGGCCCGGCGGAAUGCACGAUAGCCACAACUAUCCGCCGAGUGACUCAGCUGGCCACCGAUUCGACUGAUAUCGGUCGUCCUCCUGCUGCAACGUGCUGGAUUGUCCGUCCCGACAAUCACAAUCAGCUGCAGCCUGUGGGAGUAGUUGGGGAACUUGUGGUUGGAGGUCCCACCGUUGCGAGAGGCUAUCUGCAUCGACCAAAGGAGACGGCAUUGGCCUUUGUUCGUAAUGUAUCGUGGGCCUCGGAGUUCUGCCUAGGCGAGGGCACGCUAUACAAGACAGGCGAUCUGGCGCGCUUCAAUCCCGAUGGCUCGCUUUCUUUCGUCGCUCGAAAGGACAACCAAGUGAAGGUCCGCGGGCAACGCCUCGAGCUGGGAGAGAUUGAGCAUUGCGCGCAGCAAUUCAUGCCCAACAUCGAGGUUGCCGCGGAUCUUGUGUCAUUUCAGCACAACCUAGGGUCUAAGGUCGUGCUGUACGUCUGUUUCAGACAGGUUGACGCCAAACUCUCGCUUGGUGAUAACGAGGCCAGUCUUUUCUUUCAUCCCUCUGACUCCAACAAGGCUGAAAUGGCGCGUUUGCGCGAGCAUCUGCAUCAUUCCUUGCCACCCUACAUGGUUCCCUGGAUCUUGGUUCCUACUCGCUACAUUCCACUCAGCCCUUCUGGCAAGACGGAUCGAAGGCGCCUGGAGAAGCAAAUCUGCGAAUUGGAGCGUAAGGACCUCGAAAUCUAUCUCGGAGCCAACCAUUCGAAGCGUGCACCCUCGACUGACCUCGAAGCCCGCCUGCAGAAGCUCUAUGCCCGGGUGCUUUCGCUGCCAGAGACCGCUAUUGGGGUUGAUGAUAGCUUCUUCACGCUGGGUGGUGACUCGAUCUCCGCCAUGCAGCUGCUCUCACUUGCGAGGAAGGCGGAUAUUCCACUGUCUAUGCAGGAGUUUCUGACCCACAACACGAUUGCUCAAUUUUGUGAGAACGCUCAAUUGCCUCGAGGGGACACACUUCUUAAUAAUCUGGAUGCCGUCGAUGAGGAGAUUCCGUUCAAGUUGAGUCCAAUCCAGUCACUAAUUUUUCCAUCGGCGAGCAUGGCAGAAAACCGAUUCAACCAGACCUUCUUGGUCAAGGUCAACCGGCAAGUCAACCUGGAUGACUGGAAUCGAGUGCUGCACCAGAUCGUCCAUCAUCAUGCAAUGCUUCGGACCCGGCUCGUCGUCGGGGAAUCGGGUGACCUACGGUUAAAGUAUCAGUCGGCGGCACAUCAUUCGCUACGGAUACGAGAACAUCACGUAGCACGGAUUGAACAGGCUCGUGUAGUUGCAGAAGAGUCCCAUAACUGCUUGGACUUGCGGACGGGCCCAGUAUUGUCCUUAGACCUCAUCCAUACUCCGGAAGAUGGUGACUACGCACUCUUCAUCGGUCACCAUAUGGUCGUGGAUCUGGUGUCCUGGCGCAUUAUCCUAGACGACAUAGAGGAGUUCUUGGCAGGUCAUGACCCUUCCAUGAAGGAACCUGUCUCUUUCGCGAAAUGGGUACAAUUUCUGGAGACUGAAUGUCGGGUUUACUCAACGCCACAGGAGGUCCUUCCCUUCGAAGUGCGUCCGGCCAACUAUGAUUACUGGGGACUGUCUCCGAAACACAACACAUACGGGGAUGCUGAAUGUCAUGAAUUCACUGUCGAUGAAGCCACCACCCAUAAGUUACUGGGUCCGGCGAACGUGACAUGGAAUUCUCAGCCACAAGAGAUCUUUCAAGCAGCUCUGCUGCACUCCUGGGCUCGCACCUUCAAGGACCGAGAGACGCCAACAAUCUUCAGUGAGGGACAUGGCAGAGAGGCUGGUCGUCAGGGGAUCGACCUCUCCCGGACUGUGGGCUGGUUUACGAUCGUCCGGCCUUGCACGGUGGAGGACAGCACAGCCUCGCUCGGCCUUCGUGAGCUGGUCCGUCGUGUCAAGGAUGUCUCCCGGAGUCUGCCGAACAAUGGGCUAGCUUAUUUCAGCUCACGGCACCUCAAAGCGGAGUUUCGCUCAGCAUUCGCUGGCCAUGAUCGCAUGGAGAUCCUGUUCAACUACAGCGGGCGGUACCAACAGCUGGAACGACCGGGCGCACUCUUUUCGCACACCCCCCUGCAGCUGGACGAGCGAUUGGACGUCGGAGCCGAUAUGCCACGCCAGACUCUGUUCGACGUAGCUGUAGACGUCCGCAACGGCUGCCUUCGUGUCCAGGUCUGGUACAGCGGGCACACACACCGUAAGCCCGAGAUUGGCCGCUGGAUCAGCGCAUACCAGCAAUCUCUGCAUGAGGCGGCAGUGGAAUUGAUAGAUAAGGACAGCCAGCUGACGCUGAGUGACAUUCCGCUGGCACCGCUUCGCUACAGCGAACUCGAUCUGUUGCAAGAGAAGAUUAAAACGGCGCUACGCAUCUCCUCCGUCUCCUCGAUCGAGAGUAUCUACCCGUGCUCUGAUGCCCACUGUGGACUCGUCACUGGUAUUACAGGAACCGCAUCUCGCCAUCGCGUGCAGAGUAUACUUGAGAUCACUGUAUCAGAUCAAGGGGUGAUUGAGCCUGCCCGGGUUGCGAAGGCCUGGCGGGAGCUCAGCCGACGUCAUGCUACUUUGCGAACCGUCCUUGUUGAACAUCCUGGCAGGCAAGGAAAGUUUCUCAGUGUUGUACUGAAGCUACCAUCCCUAGAUGUGACUGUCCUACCCUCUUGUUAUUCCUUUUCAGAUACUAUACAGCAAUUAAGAGAGCUGCCGCCCCGGUAUUCGUGGGACAUCUCUCCUUCCCAGCAGAUGGCUGUGGGCAAAACCUCGGACGAUCGGACCCUCUGUAAGCUCUCAUUCGGAAGAGGCUUCAUUGAUGCUACUUCCAUGGACGUUUUGUUGAGAGAGCUGGCUUCCAUAUUGAGAGAAGAGGGUCUAUCUCCUAAGAUCGCCCCCUCUUACAGCGCAUACAUAUCGCACUUGCAAGCCCAAGACCGUGCAAAUCAGAUGCAGCAUUGGAUCGACCUCCUGGCUGCUUGUCAGCCAUGUGUACUUCCCGGGGACCGGAAGCAUAACCGUAGUCACGGUCAGUUGCGCUCAAAGAAACUCAUGGUUCCCAACUGUAGCGAGCUAGAUCAAUUCCUGAAAUCGCAUCAGCUCACUCUGACCAACGUCUUCCAAGUCGCCUGGGCCUUGGUCUUGCGGCACUAUACCGACAGAAACGAGGUCUGUUUUGCUACACUGCUUUCCGGCCGUGACCUUCCACUGCCAGACAUCCAGGAACUGGUGGGCUCCUGUUUCAAUGUCUUGCCGUGCAUUCUGCGUUUAAGCCGGUCUCGCACACUGCUGGAUGUUCUACGAGAAAACCAAACGGAGAUGAAUCGACGCAUGGCAAAUCAGCACUGUUCUUUGCCAGAAAUUCUUUCCCGGGCAGGACACGAUCCAAAGGGGUUCUUUAACACCUGCUUGACGGUCCAAUCUGCCCAUCAAGCCGGCAAUGCCGACCAGCACAGCCAAGACGGGAUCAGGGUAAAGGUGCUGGAGGUUCACGACCCGACAGAGUUUGAUAUCUGCAUUGCAGUGAUGGUGUCACCAUCGCAUAUCGAGAUCGAUUUCCGUUAUUGGACUUCAUUCUGCAGUGGAGAGCAAGCAACAGAGAUUCUGACACUGCUCUCUAGCUAUGCGACUCGGAUGGCUCUCCACGGAGAUGAUAUAAUCGAAUCACUUGAGACGAAGGCAAUCCGGCUUGCGGAUGGAUGCAAUGGCUCGGCCGGUCAUGUUGCAGCUGAGACAGGGUCGGUCACGCUGCUCAGUCAAUAA